AAAACAGAGUCGCUUUGCGUCGGGAUCGACGUUUCAGAUUUGAGAAUGGCCGAUCAACUUGUGCUCGGCAUCGACAUCGGUACCACCACCGUCAAGGUGUGCCUGGUGUCGGCCCGGGACCGCUCCGUCCUGCAGUCCGCAUCGCGAGAGACCAAAUCUUCGAUGGCCAGCGAACUAGGACCUCUAGGCAGUGAGCAGGACGUGCAGAGGAUCUGCACGGCCCUGCAGUUCUGCUUAUCCAGACUACCCAAAGAAAUGCUCGUGCGAGUGACACACGUUGCCGUGUCGGGACAGAUGCACGGCUGUGUGCUCUGGAAAUCAGACAACGGCUGGAAAAGGAACAAUUUUGGAAGGUACGAAACAGAGGAAGUGAGCGUCCUGUACACGUGGCAGGAUGGUAGGUGCAGUUCCGAAUUCCUGGCGUCCCUUCCCGAACCCGACUCACACCUGCGACUGAGUACAGGCCACGGUUGUGCCACCAUCUUCUGGCUGCAGAGGAACAAGCCGGACUUGAUCGCCCAGUACGACACGGCCGGUACUGUGCAGGACCUGGUGGUGGCUAUGAUCUGUGGCCUGCAGCGGCCGGUCAUGUCCGCACAGAACGCGGCAGGAUGGGGCUACUUCGAUACGGAGACCAGGACGUGGAACACCGAAAAGUUGAAGGAAGGAGGAUUUCCUCUGCAUUUGUUACCGGAAGUGACGACUGCGGGGAGUAUCGUGGGGCGCAUGCCCUGUGCCUGGUACGGUAUUCCCGAGGGUACUCCUGUUUUCGCUUCUCUGGGCGAUUUACAGUGCUCCGUAUUUUCUAGCAUGGAAUCUGAGUCUGAUGCUGUGAUGAAUUUGAGCACAUCUGCGCAACUGUCGUUCCUUCUCCCCGAAGAUUUCAAGCCACCCCCGUCCGUACCGACGGCACCUGUCGAGUACUUCCCGUACUUCAAGGGGCGUUACCUCGCAGUGGCGGCUUCCCUCAACGGCGGCAACGUCCUCGCCGCUUUCGUCAAGAUGUUGCAGCAGUGGACUCACGAGUUAGGAUUAGGUGUUCCAGAGAGCAAAAUCUGGGAACGGAUCACAGCCCUUGCUCAAGAAGAAUCUUCCAUAGAUUCCGAAAUGGAAGUCAUCCCCACCUUGUACGGCGAGCGCCACCUGUCGGACGACCAACGGGCCACGGUUCAGAACAUCGACCCCCACUGUCUUGGACUGGGCAAGGUGUCCAGGAGUCUCUUCAGGGGUGUCAUUGCCAAUCUUAGAUCCAUGAUGCCCCGAGAAGUCCUCCUGAAAAAUGGCGUCACGAGGAUCAUCGGAAGUGGCACGGCCCUCACCAGGAAUCCCAACCUACAGAGGGAAUUGGAGGCCCAAUACGACCUGCCCGUCGUCUACGGCACGGGGACGGACGCAGCUGUGGGCGUGGCGUUCUCUGUUUUACCAUUUUUGUGA